AUGAAAGCUACACCUUUGAUCAUCAACUGGCAUGAUCAGAAUUCUCCCAUAUAUAGUUGCGAUUGGGAAAAGGCGGGGAAGGGAAGAUUGGCGACUGCAGGAGGAGAUGGAAAUGUUAGGUUAUGGAAGAUAGAGUCCGAAGGGGAAGAUCGCAAGAUUGACUAUCUAGCUACUCUACAAAAGCAUACACAAGCAGUCAAUGUAGUAAGAUGGGCCCCGAAAGGGGAAUUACUAGCAUCUGCUGGAGACGACGGAAAUGUACUACUUUGGGUCCCUAGCGAAGCUUCAAAUAUUACACCUGCAUUCGGAGGAGAUGGAUUCGAAGAAAAGGAAACCUGGCGGACAAAACAUAUGUGUCGAUCGUCGGGUGCUGAGAUAUACGAUUUGGCUUGGUCCCCAGAUUCCGUGUACUUCAUAAUUGGGAGUAUGGAUAAUGUUGCGAGGAUAUACAAUGCUCAAACUGGUCAAUUAAUUAGACAAAUCGCUGAACAUCAACAUUAUGUUCAAGGUGUUGCUUGGGAUCCAUUGAAUGAAUAUAUCGCGACACAAUCAUCCGAUCGAUCCGUACACAUCUAUACCCUGAGAACGAAAGACGGACAAUUUAGUCUCGACAAUAGGGAAGAACCAAAAAGGAUUGGACAUAAUUUGAAGAUGGAUUUACCCGGGAGACGAAUUUCCUCCAAUAGUCCCGCACCACCCGAGCUUGGAUUUCGUUCACAAUUUCCACCAGAAACCCCAAAUACAAUAGGUUCACCAGGACCAUCAUGUCCAGGUACACCAACUUCGAUGGCUUUGCCAAUGAAUCCUCCCAGUGUUAUUAGUCAUAGUAGAAGAUCUUCAUUCGGUGCUUCUUCUCCAGCAAUGUCUAUGCGAAGAUCGGCCUCUCCUGCUCCUUCAAUGCCAUUACCCGCUGUUAUGCCUAUGGAAGCAUCACCAAAACCAUAUUCGAUGAUUGGACUGGGAGUCAAGAAUGCUCAUAUCUACGCCAAUGAAACCCUCAAGUCAUUUUUCCGAAGACUUGCAUUCACACCUGAUGGUAGUCUUCUUUUUACACCAGCCGGUCAAUAUCAAACACAACACAAGGGAUCAGAAGAGGGUGCAAAGAUGUUGUAUGAAGUGAUUAAUACAGUCUACAUCUAUACAAGAGGUGGAAUCAACAAACCUCCCGUUGCACAUUUACCGGGACACAAGAAACCUUCUGUGGCUGUCAAAUGCUCUCCAGUUUACUAUACAACUAGAAAAGCUCCCCCACCAAUUACAAAAUAUAUCACAAUCGAUACAUCGUGCGCUGAUGACACAAUGGCAGCAUUGCCAGAACCUGCAAUGGUUCCCAAAUCGCCAUCGAAUGCUUCAAUGGAACCACCUCCACUUGUAUCACAAAAUAGUGAUUCCUCGAGACCUAGUUCUUCAUCUAAACCAAAAUCUUUAGAGGUUGAAACGAACGUAACAUCUCAAGGUCCAACAAUGGCAUUUUCUUUACCCUAUCGUAUGGUUUAUGCUGUUGCCACAGAGGAUUCAGUUUUAUUGUAUGACACACAACAACAAACCCCGCUUUGCAUAGUGAGCAAUUUACACUGUGCAACCUUUACAGAUUUAUCAUGGUCAACUGAUGGAACUACGUUAUUGAUGACAUCUUCGGAUGGUUUCUGUUCAACAUUAACUUUUGCCCCGGGUGAACUCGGACAAAUUUAUGAUGAAGAAAUACCCACUGCAAAGCGUUCAUAUAUUAGUGGUUCAGCAGUUUCGUCAACUCAAAAUACUCCCAUGGCAACACCAACGGCUGGGAUCGCACCUCCAUCACCAUUUCCAAUUUCCAAUAAUCAUCAUCGGACAUCCUCAAAUCCUAUGGUUGCGCCAUCACCUCCCCCAGCUCCUAUCACAACUUUCAGACCUUCUUCGCCUACUCGGUCGAAUUCUACAUCUUCAGUUGCAACACAGUCAUCUCAUGUAACAUCAGCUAUGGGGACAAUUAUCAGUAACCCAACUCCAUUGUCGAGUAGCGUUCCAGGUAUUGCUGCGGCAAAUACCACUUCAGGAGUCCCUAUGACAACACCCCCUCAAACCCCAAGAAGCACUACAGGCUCGGUAGUGGGUGUCAAACGUCCGGGAGAUGUAAGUGAGAGUGAGAAAGAAGACACAGGAGCUGGACCUGAAAAGAAGAAGAGAAGAAUUGCUCCUACUCAAGUUUUGUCGACAAAUCCUGCAACUGGCAAAUAG